AUGUCUUCCAUUGAAGAAUUAAAGCACUUGCAGAUUCCUCUCCAAGACAUAUCAUUGGCAACUAACGGAUUUUCUGACCAGAAUAUCAUUGCAAAGGGUGGAUUUGGGAAGGUCUAUGAAGGUGUAUCUGAAAAGCACGGCCACAUCGCUGUAAAGCGGCUGGAACAUAGACAAGGAGGACAAGGAGAUCACGAAUUCAAAACAGAGAUUGCAUUGCUUUCAGAAUAUGAACACAAAAACAUUGUAUCUCUUCUUGGAUUUUGUGAUGAAGAUGGCGAGAAGAUUCUUGUUUACAAGUAUGAAAGCAAGGGGAGUCUUGACAAGCACUUAAACAAUAAAGAUCUAACCUGGAUCCAACGAAUUCAGAUAUGCCUAGAUGCUGCCCAUGGGUUGAAGUACCUUCAUGAUGAUGGUGGACCUCAUCAUGGAAUUAUCCACCGGGAUGUCAAAAGCUCAAACAUCCUUUUGGAUGAGAACUCAAACGCUAAAAUUUCUGAUUUUGGGUUGUCAAGAGUAGGCCCUGCCAACACGCAAUCUAGCUUUCUAAUCUCCAAUGCUUGUGGCACACCUGGAUAUAUUGAUCCAGACUACUUGAUUACUGGUUAUCUCACAGAAAAAUCUGACGUUUACUCUUUUGGGGUUGUGUUGCUUGAAGUUCUGUGUGGAAGGCAUGCACUUGUUAAAUCGUACAAGGAUGAGCGUCAAUUUCUAACUGUUUUGAUCCAAAAACAUUACACAAAGGGUACGUUAGAUAAGAUCAUUCCUUCCUAUUUACACGAACAGAUAAACCCAGAUUCGUUACAUACGUUUGCAAAUAUUGCUUAUCAAUGUUUGAAGAACAGGACAGAACGUCCAACAAUGCAGCAGGUCAUUGAACAAUUAGAAAAAGCUCUUCACAGUCAACUGACUCCCAUUAUGUCUCAUUCCAUUAAUGAAGUGAAGCACUUGCAAAUUCCUCUCCAAGAUAUUAUAUUGGCAUGUAAUAAAUUCUCAUACCAGAAUUACAUUCGAAGGGAUGGAUCUGCCUGGGUCUAUGAAGGGAUAUCUGAAAAACACGGUCCCAUCUACAUAAUGCGGUUGGAUCCUGGGCAUGGGCUAGGAUACUACGAAUUUAAGAAAGAGAUUUCUCUGCUUUCAGAAUUUAAAUGUAAAAACGUCAUCACGUUAGUUGGAUUCUGCAAUGAAGAUGGCGAGAAGAUACUUAUUUUUAAGUAUGAACGCAACGGGAGCCUCGAUCAACAUGUGAACAACAGAUUUUUAAGCUGGUCCCAACGAAUUCAGAUUUGCAGAGAUGCUGCCUCUGCUAUGCUAUACCUUCAAGAUGAUGCUAGACGUCAAGGAAGAAUUCUCUACCAUGAUAUUAAAAGCUCGCACAUCCUUUUAGAUGAGGCUUGGAGACCUAAAAUUACCAAUAUCGGGUUGUCGGGAAUAUACCCUUCGAUCAAGGAUAUUUUUGGCUUAACUGGAUAUUCUCCUGAAGACUAUUUAUCAUCCCAACAAAAAUCUGACAUUUACUCUUUCGGGGUCAUAUUGCUUGAGGUUCUGUGUGGAAGGCGUGCACAUGUUACGUCAGAUAAAGACAAUCCUCAAAGUUUAGCUAUUUUGUACAGAGAACAUUACGAAAAGCAAACAUUAGAUAGCAUCAUCCCUUCUUAUUUACGUAAACAAAUAAACACAGAUUCGUUAGUUACAUUUUCAAACAUUGCCUAUCAAUGUUUGAAAAACGUAGACGAACGUCCAACAAUGAAGCAGGUCAUGGAACAAUUACAAAAAGCUCUUGAUCAACAACUCCUAAGCUGUAGCAAUUAG